CAUGUAACAGGAAAACACAGCGGCUCAAAACUUUACUUACAUCAAGUUAAAGGACUAUUUAGAGGCAGGUUUCUGAAGCUGAUUUGCAAAAGCUGUUUAAAAAAAAAAAAAAAAGUUCAACCUGCCAUGUUCGUAGGUCGUCAUGUCCGACGAAGAAAGUGCUCCGUGUUUCCUGAAUGACGACAGAGUGAAGUUUGUCGAGGAGAAAGUUUGUGGGCUGCUGCGAUUGAACCGACAGAUCUGGGAGAAGAGUUCAGUCAGCGAGGAGUUUCAGACGAUUCUCAAAGAGUUCUUUGAAAAGAAGGCAGUUCUAUUUUUCUGUUUGUCCGAUAAAGGUUUUCUAGUGGCUUCUAAUGAGAUCCCACCUGUCACUCAGAGCAAGCAGAUCUAUAUUCUUAAGAGCAGAGUUGUUCCCAUCAACUCUGAAAACUACAGGGAACUUCUGCUUUUUGGAGUGUUGUCGCCAGCACCGCUACUGCAGCUGUCAUGCACAAUGGAGCAGGUGUGCGCUCCACUGCUGUCAAACAACGAAAACCAUCACAUGUGGCCAAACCUGAUGUCCGCAGACAUCGUUCGUCAUGUUCAGAGGCUAUGCAAUAAGACGUCAGUUGUGCGAGGUCAAGUUUUAGGGAAAACUAUCCUUCCUAUCCCAGCUGCAACAGAAUGGAUGGAAAAAUCAUACAGCAGCUUUAAAAUGUGUGAGAACUAUGACAGGGCUCUGGCUCAUGCUAUAGAGACACAAGUCAUCAACUGGACAAAUCUGAUCCAGAAGAUUUUGAAGGAGGAUUCGUCAGAUCUGCUUGCAACGGGCUGUAAUCCAGGACCUGAUGCAGAGCUGAAAUUUUGGGCGUCCAGGAGGGGCAACGUAGAGAGCAUUUAUCAUCAGCUUCACAGUCCCGUUGUUCAAAUGAUGACAAAGAUGUUAGAGAUGAUGGACAGCAGCUAUCAUCCAACAAUCAAGACUCUGAUUGGAAAUGUGUUCACUGCACUCCAAGAAGCCCAGGACAUCGACCUCCAUCUGCAGCCACUGCAUGCACAGCUAACCCAAAUGGAAAAGAAAGGGUUUCCUCACAUGGAAAAAUGCAUCCCUGUACUUUUUCAUUUGCUUUUCCUCAUUUGGACGAACUGUCAGUCUUACCAAAGACCAGCACGCAUCGUGGUGUUGCUGCAGGAGCUCUGCAAUCUGCUCAUCGAACAAGCUUCCACAUACCUCUCUGCAGAUCUGCUGCUCAGAGAAGAUCCAGAGGAGAGUCUGCAAAUGGUACAGAUGGUGAUAAAAGUCUUUACAUGUUUUAAAGACAGCUGUCAGAGCCAGAGGGAGAAGCUGGCCAAUCAAGUGAAACUCCCACCCUGGGAUUUCCCAUCUGCCCUGAUUUUUUCACGUUUCAACCAGUUCUUUAACCGUAUGCUACAGCUGGAGGACUUGUUUGAGAUUAUGCUGGACUUUCAGAGGAUGGAAAAGCUGGAAUUUGGUGGAAUUAAAGGGAAACUGCACAGUGAGCAUGCUGCUAAGAUGCACAGAGAGUUCAGUAAAGACUGCCAAGCCUUGAAGCAUAGUAAAAACAGCCCACUGGACUUCAGCUCUCAGGGUUUUGAAAAUGAAUAUAAUGAGUUCAAGAUGAGGAUCGUGGACUUCGAGUGCCGCCUUGGCAGCCUUCUGUGUUUGGUUUUUAAAGAUUGCCCAGGACUGGAAUCAGCUUUGAAGAUGCUCACCAUUGCCGGACCCUUCCUGGAGAAUAAACAAAUCAGACAGAUAUUUAGUCCCAACUUCUUCCUGCUUCAGCAGCAUUUCAGAGAGGAGCUGGAAAAUUGUAAAUGCCUGUUCAAAUCCCAGAUGAAUCAGAUGGAAAGUGGUCUGAGUAAGAACAUGGCUCACACAUCUGGAGCUUUGAAGUGGGCAAAAAUGCUCAGAGAACGCAUUCAAACACCGUGGGAAAAAAUCAGAUUACUAUUUGACAUGCAUGCAGAAGGCGUGGAGAUGGUGAAUGAGCACAACAUGUACAAGGGUAUGCUGAGUCUGCUGGACCGCUAUGAGGAGAGGAUUUACUCUGAUUGGUGUAAUGGUUUGGAGCAGUCCUGCCUCAUCAACCUGAACCAGCCUCUUAUCUCCAGGAAUCCCUCAUGUGGCCUCAUAUCUGUCAACUUCAACCCAAAGCUGACUGAAGUCUUGAAAGAUGUUAAAUACAUUCAGACUCUCCAUCAGCUCGACAUCCCCGCAGCUGCUCUGACUGUUUUUGGGAAGCGUGACAUGUUCUCAAAGUAUUUGAGCAGUUUGCAGCUGUUAGUACAAUGGUACAACAAGCUAAAGCAGACGGUGUUGGAGGUGGAACUCCCUCUAAUCAGGGCCGAACUGGAGUCCAUCGACCUGGAGCUGACCAGAGCAGAGACCAGCCUGACGUGGCAGCACCAGGACUGCUGGAGCUUCAUCAGCUCCACCAAACAUCUCGUCCAAGAUCUCGUGGGCAGAGUGAGCAGAGCCAAGGAGAACUGUGACGCCAUUCAGUCACUGAUGAAGAGAUGGAGCAAACAGGCCAUGUUCUGCAGAAAAGACAACAAGAAAGGUUCACUCAUCCAGCUGGAAGAGAGAGGAGACUGUGUCAACAGGAAGUACAGCUGCGUGAAGAAGGAUGGAGACAUCAUACAUGAGCUGGUGCAGGAGAAUUCAGCCCUUUUCCAUGCUGAUCCUGCUUCAGAAGCAUGGCUGUCUUACCUAGAAUAUGUCGAUGACAUCGUGGUGGAGGGGCUCUUCAACUACAUCAGCCACUCUCUCCAGUUCUUCGCCGACAACAUGGAGUUGUGGCUGAAUCGGGCUCCUCUGUUUGAGGCCCGGUUGUUGCUGAAUGGCUCAGGGAUGAACUUCUAUCCCUCAAUGGAGCGAGAGGCAGGAGACGGUCUCUAUGAACUGGUGGAGGGGCUGCUUGGAGAUAUAUUCAAGACUUCCAUGAAUGUGCGAAGAGUGGCCGCUCAUCUUAGCACAGAGAGCUACCAGGAUGUAAUGGAUGGCAUGCCGGAUUUGUUGGGCCUGAGACAAGAAAUAAUGGAGCGAGUGGGGAAUAUCCUGAAGAAAGCGAUAAAUUACCAGAGGAAGUUUGAUUGCUAUUCCCACCUGUGGCAAGAUGACAGAGCUGAGUUUCUCAGCCAGUUUCUCCUGUAUGGACGUGGACUUACAGCAGAAGAGAUGGAGGCUCACAGAGCAGAUGUUCUCCCCGGAAACCCGCCUACAAUCGAUAAAUUCAAAGAACAGAUUGACUGUUAUGAGGAUCUAUAUACUGAAAUUUCCCAGCUGGAGGACUUCAGAGUGUUUGAUGGGUGGUUUCGGGUGGAUGUGAAGCUCUUUAAAGCCAGUCUUCUCAGCACUGUAAAAAAGUGGAGCUGGCUUUUCAAAGAGCACCUCUUGACGCAUGUCACUAACAGUCUUGAUGAGCUGCAGAGGUUCAUCCAAGCCACCGUUGAAGGGUUAAACCAUCCUAUGGCUAAAGUGGACCAUUAUGCCUUUUUGGAAGUCAUGAGUCACCUGUUGGCUAUGAGAGACAGACAGCAAGCCACUGACAAGAUGUUUGGGCCUCUUAGAGACACAGUGAACCUCCUGGAACGAUAUGGUGUGACGAUACCUGAGCAGUUCUACUCUCAAAUGGAGGAACUCCCUGAGAAAUGGAGUGAAGCUAAAAAACUGGCCGUGAAAGUGAGGCAUGAGGUGGCACCCAUGCAGAAUGCAGAGGUGAUGGUUUUACGGAGACGAUGCGUGGAUUUUGAGGUGAAGCAAAUCAAGUUCAGGGAGAUGUUCAGAGCAACAGCACCAUUCAGUUAUAAUGCAGUGCUUCCCUAUGCUGGUUUGGAACAAUCUGAAAAAGCAAUCCAGGAUAUGGAGAAAGAAGUAGCAGAGCUGCAGGAGUCUACAAAUCUGUUCGAUGUUACCAUUCCAGACUACAAAGACAUCAAGCUCUGCAGACGAGAGAUUACAGUCCUCAAAGAACUCUGGGAUAUUGUUGUGUACGUGCAGAGCAGUGUGGAAAACUGGACAAUGGCCAAAUGGAGGCAGAUAAACGUGGACCAGAUGGAUGCAGAAUUGAGGAGGUUUGCCAAGGACAUACGGAGGCUUGACAAAGAGGCCCGCGUGUGGGACGUGUAUUCUGGAUUAGACCUUUAUGUAAAGAACUUGUUGACGUCACUGCGGGCCGUGAGUCAACUCCAGAACCUGGCAAUACGAGAGCGCCACUGGGUGCAGCUAAUUAGAACAACGCAGAGGGACUUUACUGUGACAGACAGCACCACCUUGGAAGACCUCUUGGCUCUGCAGCUGCAUUUGUUUGACGAUGAAGUUCACAACAUAGUGGAUAAGGCGGUCAAAGAAAUGGCCAUAGAGAAGGUUGUAACAGAAAUAAGCCAAACGUGGGCGUCAGUGGAGCUUUCCUAUGAAGAACAUUACCAAACCUCUGUGCCACUACUUAAAUGUGACGAGGAGCUUAUUGAAGCUCUCGAGGAUCAUCAGGUUCAGCUGCAGAGUGUCUUUCAGAGCAAGCAUGUAGACCACUUCUUGUAUCAGGUAGUGGAGCUACAGAAACAGCUGACUGUGGCUGACUCCGUGCUGAUGGUGUGGAUGGAGGUCCAAAGAACAUGGGCCUACCUCGAGAGCAUCUUUAAAGGCUGUGAUGACAUUCGCCAGCAGCUGCCUGCAGAUGCACUAAGAUUCCAAGUGAUAGAUGCAGAAUUUCAGGGGUUAAUGUUGGACAGUGCCAAGACUAAAAAUGUCAUCGAGGCCACCAACAAACCUCAUCUGUUCGAGAAGUUAGAGGAUCUGCAAAAAAGGCUGGCGUUAUGUGAAAAAGCUCUCACUGAGUACCUGGAGACAAAGAGACUCGCUUUUCCAAGAUUCUACUUCAUUUCAUCUGCAGACUUGUUGGACAUCCUUUCGAAAGGGAGUCGUCCCAGAGAGGUAACUGUCCAUUUGGCAAAGUUUUUCGACAACAUGUCCGAUCUUGAGUUCUCCAAAAAUGAACAGCUGGAUGCUCCUAAACUUGCAGUGGGCAUGUACAGCAAAGAUAGAGAAUACGUCCCAUUCCAGACUGAUUGUUGCUGUAGCGGGCCGGUGGAAACUUGGCUUUCUCGUCUUGAGGAGUCUAUGAAGGAGAGCGUCAGGGGUCACCUGUCUGAAGCUGUGUCGGUGUACGAGGACAGACCCAGAGAACAGUGGAUUCUGGACUUCCCCGCCCAGGUUGCGCUCACUGGAUCUCAGAUCUGGUGGAGCAACGAUAUGGAGCUUGUGUUUAAAAGACUGGAGGAAGGAUUUGAGUCUGCACUGAAAGACUACAACAAGAAACAGAUCUCUCAGCUCAACUUGUUGAUCAGCAUGCUGUUGGGAGAGCUCAGCUCAGGCGACAGACAGAAGAUCAUGACUAUAUGCACCAUUGAUGUCCAUGCUAGAGACAUUGUUUCCAACCUUAUUGCUCAAAAGGUCACCACCUCGCAGGCCUUUCAGUGGCUCUCCCAGCUUCGACACCGCUGGGACGAGCAGCUUCGCCACUGUUGUGUUAACAUCUGCGAUGCUCAGUUCUUCUACUCUUAUGAGUAUCUUGGAAAUACACCUCGUCUGGUCAUCACCCCCCUAACAGACCGGUGCUACAUCACCUUGACUCAGUCUCUCCACCUGACUAUGAGUGGAGCACCAGCAGGCCCUGCUGGAACCGGGAAGACUGAGACCACCAAGGAUCUCGGCAGGGCCAUGGGUGUCAUGGUGUACAUUUUCAACUGCUCUGAACAGAUGGACUACAAGUCCAUUGGAAAUAUCUACAAGGGUUUGGCCCAGACUGGAGCAUGGGGCUGCUUUGAUGAAUUCAACCGUAUCCCUGUGGAUGUUCUCUCCGUCGUAGCAGUGCAGGUGAAAACCAUUCAGGAUGCCAUUCGUGCGAAAAAGAAGAGGUUCCUGUUCCUCGGAACGGACAUUGUCUUAAAGCCCUCAGUUGGGAUUUUCAUCACAAUGAAUCCUGGCUAUGCAGGCAGGACAGAGCUGCCUGAGAACCUCAAGGCUCUUUUCAGGCCCUGUGCAAUGGUGGUGCCCGACACUGAGCUUAUUUGUGAGAUCAUGUUGGUGGCAGAGGGCUUCCGUGGUGCAAAGAUUUUAGCCAAGAAGUUUAUCACUCUGUACACACUCUGCAAAGAGCUGCUGUCCAAACAGGACCACUAUGAUUGGGGUUUGCGUGCUGUCAAGUCUGUUCUGGUCCUGGCAGGAGCACUGAGACGAAGAGAUAAAACAAGACCAGAGGAUCAGGUGCUUAUGCGUGCUCUGCGAGACUUCAACAUGCCUAAAGUCGUGACUGAGGAUGUGACUGUCUUCUUGGGGCUGCUGGGUGAUCUGUUCCCAGGCCUGGAGGUGGAAAGACAGAGGGACUGUGAAUUUGAAAAGGCCAUCCGAAAGACCACACUGGAGCUCCGACUGCAGCCCGAAGAGACAUUUAUCCUUAAGGUGGUGCAGCUGGAGGAGCUCAUGGCAGUGCGUCACUCCGUCUUUGUUGUUGGAAAUGCAGGAACUGGAAAAAGCCAGAUAUUGAGAGUUCUGCAUAAAACCUACGUAAACCUGAAGAGGAAGCCUGUGUGGAAUGACCUCAAUCCAAAAGCAAUAGACAGAGAUGAGCUGUUUGGCUUCAUCCAUCCUGCAACUAGAGAGUGGAAAGAUGGUUUGCUUUCAUCGCUGAUGCGAGAACAGGCAAACAUCUCCCACCUUGGGCCUAAGUGGAUUGUGUUGGAUGGAGACAUUGAUCCGAUGUGGAUUGAAUCACUCAACACAGUGAUGGAUGAUAACAAGGUCCUGACUCUGGCCAGUAAUGAACGUGUGUCGCUUACUCCAUCCAUGAGGCUGGUGUUUGAAAUCAGUCACCUAAGAAUGGCCACUCCUGCCACUGUAUCCAGAGCAGGAAUCCUCUAUGUUAACCAGCAGGACCUGGGCUGGAACCCGUACGUUGCCAGCUGGAUUGACCAACGAGAACGUCAGACAGAAAGAGCCCAUCUCACCAUACUGUUUGAGAAAUAUGUUCCACAUUGUCUAGAACAGAUGAAAAACACUUUCAAGACCAUCACUCCCAUCCCAGAGAACUCCAUGGUGCAGACACUGUGCACUUUGCUGGACUGCCUUUUAACACCAGAAAAUAUUCCAUCUGAAUCCCCUCGAGAGAUCUAUGAGACAUACUUCACCUUUGCCUGUAUCUGGGCUUUCGGUGGGGCCCUGUGUCAAGAUCAGCUCCAUGACUAUCGCGUAGAGUUCAGUCAGUGGUGGACCAAAGAGAUGAAGACAGUGAAGCUUCCAGCACAGGGGACUGUGUUUGACUACUACCUGGACCAUCAAACCAGACGAUUCCUGCCCUGGAGUGACACCGUUCCUCUGUUUGAAAUCGACACUUGUACACCAUUACAGGCUGUUCUGGUGCACACAGCAGAGACUGUGCGUCUUCGCUACUUCAUGGACUUGCUGCUGGAGAGGAGACAGCCUGUGAUGCUGGUGGGGAACGCUGGAGUGGGAAAGACUGCACUUGUCAAGAACAAGUUAGGCUGUCUGCCAGAGAGUUACAUGACCACAAAAGUACCCUUCAACUACUACACUACCUCCCUCUUGUUGCAGGUGAUGCUGGAGCGUCCGUUAGAGAAAAGAGCAGGCAGAAGCUUCUCCCCAGUGGGCAACAGAAGGCUGGUCUACUUUAUAGAUGACUUGAACAUGCCAGCUGUUGACAGUUAUGGAACAGUGCAGCCUCACACGCUGAUACGCCAACAUCUGGAUUAUGGGCACUGGUAUGGCAGACAGAAACUGACCCUGAAAGAAAUACACAACACCCAGUAUGUUGCCUGUAUGAAUCCGACUGCUGGGAGCUUCAUUAUCAACCCCAGAUUACAGAGACAUUUCUCGGUGUUUGCAGUGAACUUUCCUGCACCUGAAGCUCAGAUGUCGAUCUUCAGUCAGAUCGUGUGUUUCCAUCUGAAGCAGCAGUCGUUCAGUCCGCCGGUUCAGAGGAGCGCUACACCUGUGGUCCAAGCUGCCGUAACCCUUCAUCACAAGAUGGUUCACAACUUUCUGCCCACUGCCAUCAAGUUUCACUACACGUUCAACCUCCGAGACAUAUCCAACAUCUUCCAGGGCAUCCUCUUCUCUGGACCUGAGACUGUGAAAGAGAGCUCAGAUCUGGCACUGCUGUGGCACCAUGAGUCCUGCAGAGUGUAUUCAGACAGACUGGUAGAUGUCAAGGACCUGCAGCUUUUCCGGAAGCUCCAAAUGGAAACUGUGCAUGAAUGCUUUGAGGGACUGGAGGAUGCAAAGCUGAAAAAGCAACCCCUCCUUUACUGUCACUUCUCCCAAAUGGGUGAGUAUCCUUCCUAUGCUCCUGUCAGCGACUGGUCUGCGCUCAGAACCAUCCUCGCAGACGCCCUGGAGAGCUACAAUGAGCUCCACCCUGCCAUGAAUCUGGUGCUGUUUGAAGAUGCCAUGCAACAUGUCUGUCGCAUCAGUCGCAUCCUGGAGGCUCCAAGCGGUCAUGGCUUACUGAUCGGGGUUGGGGGCAGCGGGAAGCAGAGCCUGACUCGUCUGGCUGCCUACAUAUCCUCUGUGGAAGUCUUCCAAAUCACUCUGACUAAGGGUUACAGCAUCCAGGACCUGAAGGUGGAUCUGGCUGGUUUGUUCAUAAAGACCGGAGUGAAGAACCAGCGAGUGGCUUUACUCCUGACUGAUGCACAGAUACCAGCUGAGCGGUUUCUGGUCAUUAUUAAUGACUUACUGGCAUCAGGAGAAGUUCCUGAGCUCUUCAGUGAAGAGGAUAUUGAAGGAAUUGUGUCCAGUGUGAGAGCUGAGGUCCGAGGACUUGGACUGCUGGACAACAAGGAGAACUGCUGGAGAUUCUUUACAGACCGAGUCCGACUACAGCUCACGGUAGUCCUGUGUUUGUCUCCAGUGGGCAGUGCCCUGCGAGUGAGAGCUCGCCAAUUUCCAGCCCUCGUCAACUGCUCAACCAUCGACUGGUUUCACCCUUGGACCAGUGAAGCUCUGCAGUCAGUCAGCUACAGGUUCAUCCAAGAGAUUGAAGGCAUUGAGCCCGCCGUCCAGGAAUCCAUCAGUCUUUUCAUGGCCUACGUUCACACCAGUGUCAACCAGGCAAGUGAAAAAUACCGGCGCAAUGAGAAGAGGUACAAUUACACCACCCCCAAGAGCUUUCUCCAGCAAAUCACGUUGUACAGAAACCUUCUGGAGAAGAGCCGGGCUCAGCUUCAGCACAAGAUGAACCGGCUCGACAGCGGCCUUCAAAAACUCCAAAGCACCGCUGCUCAGGUUGAAGAUCUAAAAGCCAAACUGGCAUCCCAAGAAGCCGAGCUGACCUUUAAAAAGAAUAUCGAAGCUCUAAUUACAAAGAUUGGACUGCAGACUGAGAGGGUUAGCAACAAGAGAGAGGCUGCAGACGUCGAGGCACAAAAAGUUGCUGUCAUUCAGGCAGAAAUUGCUGUCAAACAGAAGGACUGUGAAAAUGACCUAGCCAAAGCAGAGCCAUCGCUGACAGCUGCCACGGCGGCUCUGGACACGCUCAACAAGGUGAAUCUGACCGAGCUGAAGGCCUUUCCGAACCCUCCGACAGCAGUAAUCAACGUAGCAGCAGCUGUGAUGGUCCUGCUGGCCCCCCGCGGUCGAGUUCCUCAGGAUCGGAGCUGGAAGGCGGCGCGGGCCUUCAUGGGCAAGGUGGAUGAUUUCCUGCAGGCCCUGGUGUCAUAUGAUAAAGAGCACAUCCCUGAGUCCUGCCUGACUGUGGUGAAGCAAGAAUAUCUGAGAAAGCCCGACUUCCAUCCCGAUCUAGUCUGGACCAAAUCUACAGCUGCAGCUGGUCUUUGCGCCUGGACUAUUAACAUUGUCAGAUACUACGAGAUUUAUUGUGAGGUCAUUCCAAAAAGACAUGCAUUAUCACAAGCUAAUGCAGAACUCGAAACGGCAACGGCCAAACUGUUGGCAGUUCAAAAGAAAUUGGCAGACCUUGAUGCCAACCUCCAGAGCCUAACAGCUCAGUUUGAAAAGGCUACAGCUGAGAAAAUCAGUUGUCAGGAGGAGGUGACACAAACCACCCAGACCAUCGAGCUGGCUAACCGACUAGUCAAGGGCUUGGUGUCAGAGAAGGAGCGCUGGUCCAAGGCUAUUGUCCAGUAUGAAAAGGAACAGAAAACCCUGUGUGGCGACGUCCUCCUCACCUCAGCAUUUGUCUCCUACAUGGGUUACUUCCCCAGCCAGUAUCGUGUGGAGCUUUUUACCAGUGCGUGGAUUCCUUUCCUUCAGGCUCAGAAGGUCUCUGUACCCCUGACAGACGGCCUGGAUCCAGUCCUCAUGCUUACAGAUGAUGCCACUGUGGCUGCCUGGCAUAACCAGGGCCUGCCAAAUGAUAGGAUGUCCACCGAGAACGCUGCCAUCCUGACCACCAGCGAGCGUUGGCCACUCAUCAUCGACCCGCAGCAGCAGGGCAUCAAGUGGAUCAGAAAGCUACUGGGGUCAGAGCUGAGGGUGGUGCGGCUGGGGCAGAAAGGAUAUCUCGACGUGAUUGAACAAGCUCUUGUCUGCGGCGAAACCGUUCUGAUAGAGAAUCUGCCAGAAAAGGUGGACCCAGUCCUGGAGCCUCUAUUAGGCAGAAAAACUGUUAAAAGAGGAAGGUACAUUCUGAUGGGGGGAAAGGAAUGUGAAUACAACACCAAUUUUCAACUCAUUCUUCACACAAAAUUGGCAAAUCCACAUUUCCCUCCUGAGCUCCAGGCUCAGACUACUCUGAUAAACUUCACAGUGACUCCUGUGGGCCUGGAGGAGCAGCUGCUGGGACAGGUAGUGUCCAGGGAGAGGCCGGACUUGGAGGCCCUGAAGAUGCAACUGACAACACAGCAGAACCAUUUCAAGAUCGAGCUGAAAAAGUUUGAAGAUGACCUGCUGAGUCACCUCUCCGCCGCCCACGGUAACUUCCUGGGUGAUAUUUCUCUGGUGGAGCAACUUGAAAACACCAAGACUACGGCGGCUCACAUCCAGUACAAGGUGGUGGAGGCCAGAGAGAACGAGACAAAGAUCAACGAGGCUCGAGAACUCUACCGCCCAGCAGCAGAGAGAGCGUCACUCCUCUUCUUCAUCAUCAAUGACCUCAACAAGAUUAACCCCAUGUACCAGUUUUCUCUCAAGACCUUUAACUCUGUGUUUAACAAAGCGAUGGAGCGUGCCGAAUGGGACGAGGAUGUGAGGACCAGAGUGCACACCCUCACUGAGGCCAUCACCUACUCUGUAUUCCUGUACACCAGCCAGGGCCUGUUUGAGAGAGACAAGUUAACCUUCUUGUCACACACUGCCUUCCAGAUUCUGCUCAAGCAGGGCCUGAUUGAUGCUCAGGAAUUUGACUUUCUACUGCACUUUCCAGUGGAAGCGAGCAAAGUUAGUCCAGUGUCCUUCCUCUCUCCGCACGCAUGGGGGGCCAUUAAGACAAUUUCCACGAUGGAUGACUUCACUGGGCUUGACAGAGACAUAGAAAGUUCUCCAAAGCGCUGGAGGAAGAUCGUGGAGUCCAGCUGUCCAGAGAAGGAAAGGCUUUCUCAGGACUGGAAAAAUAAGAGUUCCCUCCAGAAGCUCAUUAUGCUGAGAGCACUCCGGCCUGAUAGGAUGACCUACGCUCUACGGAACUUUGUGGAGGAAAGCAUGGGAACCAAAUAUGUGGAGAGUGCCCGGUUGGAAUUUGAAAAGCUGUUUGGGGAUAGUGGUCCCUCAACCCCUGUGUUCUUCAUCCUCUCACCUGGAGUAGAUCCGCUCAAAGAUGUAGAGAAACUAGGUUUGAAGCUGGGAUUUUCCAUCGACCAGGGCACUUUACACAACGUGUCGCUGGGUCAGGGGCAGGAGGAGGUAGCUGAGAGGGUUCUCAGGAAUGCCUCUGAACAUGGGCACUGGGUCAUUUUGCAGAAUGUGCACCUGGUGGCUCGCUGGCUGCCUUCUCUGGACGCCCUUCUGGAGGCGGCAGCAGUGGACAGCCAUCCCAGCUACAGGGUUUUCAUCACCGGGGAACCAGCACCGAGCCCUGAGCAGCACGUCACCCCCAGAGGCAUGCUGGAGAACGCCAUUAAAAUCACGAAUGAGCCGCCCACUGGCAUGAACGCCAGUCUGCAUGCAGCCCUCAACAACUUCAAUCAGGACACUCUGGAUAUGUGCUCCAGAGAACAAGAGUUCAACUCCAUGUUCUUCUCUCUGUGCUUCUUCCACGCUUGUGUCACAGAGCGGCGUAAAUUCGGUCCACAAGGCUGGAACCAGAACUACCCCUUCAGCACAGGAGACCUCACAAUCUCAACCAAUGUGUUGUACAACUACUUAGAGGCCAACACUAAAUCCAUGCAGGUGCCUUGGGAAGAUUUGUGUUAUCUUUUUGGAGAGAUCAUGUAUGGAGGACACAUUACUGAUGACUGGGAUAGAAGACUUUGCAAGACGUAUCUGCAAGAAUUUAUGCAUCCAAAAAUGUUCGAAUCGGAGCUCUUCCUGUGUCCUGGUUUCCUGGCUCCUCCAUUCUCUGACUAUGCCGGUUACCACAGUUAUAUUGAUGAGCAUCUCCCCUCCGAGAACCCCACUUUAUACGGGCUCCAUCCAAACGCUGAGCUCGAGUGCCUCACCGUCACCUCAGACAACCUCUUAAAGACUCUGCUGGAGCUGCAACCGCGGGACUCCUCCAGCGGAGAGGGAGCAGCCCAGAGCUCAGAGGAGAAGGUCACGUCUAUAAUCGAAGACAUCCUCGACAAGCUUCCUGAGGAGUACAACAUUGCAGAGUUGAUGGCAAAGACAGCAGAGAGAAGCCCCUACAUCUUAGUGUGCUUUCAGGAGUGUGAGCGCAUGAAUGUUCUGCUGGCAGAAAUAAGGAAGUCCCUUAAUGAGCUUGAUCUGGGGUUAAAGGGAGAAUUAACCAUCUCCUCCAGUAUGGAGACUCUGCAGUCUGCACUGUUCAGUGAUUCUGUCCCACAUUCCUGGGCCAGACUGGCUUAUCCCUCCACUAAAGCACUAGCACAAUGGAUGAAUGAUCUCAUCUGUAGCUGUCAUGAGCUUGACAGCUGGACUCAAGAUUUCGUUUUACCAGCAGUUGUUUGGCUCUCGGGCCUCUUCAACCCACAGUCCUUCCUCACCGCCGUGCUGCAGAGCAUUGCUCGCAAGAACCAGUGGCCCCUGGACAGGAUGACUCUGACCGUGGACGUAACCAAGAAGAUGAAGGACGACUUUGGGCAUCCGCCACGGGAGGGAGCCUACAUCCACGGACUGUUCAUGGAAGGAGCGCGUUGGGACACUCAGUCUGGACUCAUCUCCGAGGCUGUGUUGAGGGAUCUGACUCCAGUCAUGCCGGUGCUGUAUGUUCGAGCUGUGCCUGCAGAGGAGCAGGAGCUCAAGAAUACUUUUGAAUGUCCUGUAUAUCGCACCAAGCAGCGUGGGUCCACAUAUGUCUGGUCCCUCCACCUCCGAACCAAACAGCCUCCUGCCAAAUGGAUUGUAGCUGGAGUUGCAUUGCUGCUGUCUGUGUGAGACAGUUUGGAAAUGACAGGUAUUUUAUACUAUCUGCUGACAGCACCAUGCCAAAUGUGUAAAAAAGAGUAUUUUAAACGGUAAUGGAUCAUGCAAUAAUUUCACUUUUACCAUUUUUAGUUAGAAAUACUAAUAUAUGACUUUCUAAUAAAUCUGUUAUUGUUUCCAAUUAGGUUUCUACAUUACAAAACUGAUAUUAGAAUGUAGGAGUUUAUUUUAGAUAUUAAAGGAAAUCAGCUAUGAGAUAUGUAUGUUUAGUCGGUGCUGAACCCGUUGUGUCUGCGUCCGACACUGUUGAACCUCUCCCUUGAGCCUUGCCAUGAUUUGUUGGGAGCUUAUGUCUCCAUUUUAGACCAUGUAAUUCUGGAUAGGGAGCAUAUUUUAUUGGAAGGUCAAGAUUAAAAAAGCUCUCUGGCUGCCCUCUACUAACUGAAUGAUACACAAUGCUGUCUGGAGGGUUCCCGGACAGAAUUCCCAGGAGAUGAUGUGCAUGGUUGCUAUUGACUUUUAAAUGAGGUGCAUUUGACAUUGACCUUUUGUAUGGCUGAGGCAGAAUACUAACAGACUAGUGUAAUUCAUUCAGCCGAGCCUGUUGGAAAAACCUAUUCAAAGACACUGAUAGCUUUGUAUGAGAAAGCAACACAUUAGAUUACCCAUCCUUUAUCUGUCUUUAUUCUCUGUUAGCAUCUGAUUAACUUAAUACGAACCAAAUAAAACCUUUAACUUUAAAUGAG